UGUAUGUGUCUUUCUUUUAAAGUCUUUGUCAAGUGUAAUUCAAAUCCAAAUGUAAAUAUUUUGGUUUUGUGAUGUGCUAUGCAUCAAUAUGACUGGAUUUAAUUAUUUAGUGAGGAGGCCAGUGCAUUAUCGUUGUUUCAAGAAGUUGAACCGUUACAGUUCUUCAGAUACAAGCGCCAAACAUGAAGGAAAGGCUGUUAGAAAGAAGUAUUCGGACACAGUGAACCUUCCUAACACUAAGUUUCCAGCAAGGAUAGAAGGCAGAAAAAGAGCUGAGCGAGACAGGUUUAUUUACGAAAAAUGCAGAUUCUCCUCGUUAUAUUCAUGGCAAAGAGAACACACUAAGGAUCCAGAGUUCAUAUUGCAUGAUGGCCCUCCAUAUGCCAAUGGAAAACCACAUAUGGGACAUGCCAUUAACAAGAUUAUGAAAGACAUAAUAUUGCGUCACAGGGUACUUCAAGGUCAAAGAGUGCAUUUUAUUCCGGGAUGGGACUGCCAUGGUUUGCCCAUUGAACUGAAAGCAGUAUCCAAUUCACGGGGAAAAGAAACAAAGCUUUCACCAGUUGAAAUAAGAUAUAAAGCACGGAAAUUUGCUGAAGCUGCUAUUGCAAAUCAGAAGACAACUUUUAAAUCAUGGGGAGUAAUGGGUGAUUGGGACCAUUCUUAUCACACAUUUGACAAGAAAUAUGUGAAAAACCAGAUUAAGAAAUUUUAUGAUAUGUUUGAGAAGGGUUUGAUCUAUAGAGCAUAUAAACCAGUUUUCUGGUCUCCAUCAUCAAGGACAGCACUGGCAGAAGCUGAACUGGAGUAUAACCCAACUCACUGCAGUCAGGCUGUUACGGUACGCUUCCUGGUAAAGGACCUACCACCACAACUGAAAGAAAUUACACCCCAACAUGUAUCACAAGUGUAUUUGUUAAUAUGGACCACAACUCCUUGGACUCUGCCAAUGACAAGUGCAGUAUGUUAUAGUCCAGAGAUGACAUACAGUGCAAUUCAUUUGGACAAUUCAAAAGAUGAAGUGUACAUUUUAGCUUCUGAAUGUAUGAAGGACCUGCUAAAUAAGAUUGGAGCACAAGCAGAAGUUAUCUCAUCCUUUAAAGGUGACAUGUUGAGGAAUACAUUCUAUGAGCAUCCUCUAAAGCAAGGAUGCAACUUGCCUUUGCUUCCUUCAGACCAUGUCUCAACUGGUAAAGGCAGUGGAUUGGUUCAUACAUCUCCAGCCCAUGGCCAUGAUGAUUUCUUGGUUGCUUUGAAACAUGGAAUUUCCUUGGAGUGUUUGGUUGAUGAAGAUGGCUGCUUUAUGUCUAAAAUUGGGCCAGAGCUUGAAGGUUUACCUGUGUUGUCUGCAGGCAAUGAAAAAGUGUUGGAAUUGUUGAAGAAUGAUAUUUUGCACCAAGAAAAGUAUACACAUAGUUAUCCCUAUGACUGGAGGACAAAGCAGCCAGUUAUAAUCAGAGCUAGCAAGCAGUGGUUUAUUGACACUGAUGCAAUUAAACAAACAGCAAUUAACAAACUCAGAGCUGUUAACAUAUUGCCAGAAAAAUUCAGUGGAAGUGGUCAGCUAAUAUCGCAGCUGGACAGGCGACCGUACUGGUGUAUCUCAAGGCAGAGAGUUUGGGGUGUACCGAUCCCAGUUCUUUACCGACAGUCAAAUCAGGAAAUCUUGGUAACCAGACCACUGAUCGAUCACUUCUGUAAUCUUUUGGAAGAAUAUGGUCCAGAUUUCUGGUGGACACUGCCUACUGAGAAACUUGUUGAAGGUUGUGUCUCAGAUGUAGAUGUACAAGACAUAGAAAAAAGUCAGGACAUCUUGGACAUCUGGUUUGAUAGUGGAAUAUCAUGGUCUUCUGUUCUGGAUCAAAGAGUGGCUGACUUAUAUUUGGAAGGUGUAGACCAAAUCACUGGUUGGUUCCAGUCUUCACUAAUGACAUCAGUUGCACUGCGUAAGGAGCCUCCCUAUCGGGCUAUAUUUGUUCAUGGAUUUGCAGUUGAUGGAAAUGGUCGAAAAAUGUCAAAGUCAUUGGGAAAUGUUGUAGAUCCAGUUGACAUUACUGAAGGCAGCAAACACAUACCAGCUUAUGGGACUGAUGUUCUCAGGUGGUGGGUUGCUUCACAUGGUACGCAUCAUGGUAACAUAAGUAUAAGCAACAGUUUGUUAGACAGCUCUGCAGAUUCUAUCCAAAAAAUACGCCUUGUGCUGCGCUUUAUCCUUGGGUCCAUAAACGAUUUCCAGAAUAAGAGUGACAAUGAUGCUCUACAUUUAUACAACUUGGACAAGUACUUACUCAAUCUGCUCUUUGGUUUGGAAAAAGAGGUUGUGGCAAUGUAUGACACUUAUCAGUUCAACCAUGUUUGUAAACUCAUGACAAACUUUGUCACCAAUGAUCUAUCAGCACUAUACUGUCAUCUGAUAAAAGACAGACUUUAUUGUGAAUCGCCUAACUCUCCUAAGAGAAGAGCUUGUCAGUUGGUGCUGAGCCAUAUACUGGAAGGUGUUACACAUAUGAUUGCCCCAGUUUUACCAUUUCUUGCAGAGGAAGUUUAUCUCCACCAUCCCUAUUUUGUGGGUACAGGUGUUUUCCGAUCUGGAGUUUGGAAGCCUCCAAAAGAGUGGGAGAAAGUUGACAUUGACAAUAUAAUGUCAACAGCAUUGAAACUGCGUGACUUACUUCACAAAACCUCUGAAGAAUCCAAUACUUUGAAAUUAAGUGUGAAAGUUUUGGCAGGAGAUAAAACUUUGCAGAUAUUGAAGUUGUUCCAGGAAGAAGGUCGAAGUGAUUUUUCCGAGUUGACAGAACUACUGCAGGUAUCAGCUGUGGAACUGGUCAAGUCUAAUAAACAGCUAUUAGAUAAUGAGUUUGAAAUUGUAUGUGAAACAUCAGAAUUCCAGCUGUGUCCAAGGUGCCGACGUUAUACCUCUAAAGAAAAAGAUGUGCUGUGCUCCCGCUGUGAGAAAAUAGUAGCAAAACAACCCCUAAAACAAGUUUUUUGCAGCUAACAGUGUAUUUAUUUGUAUUUUAAUCAGUCUCAUGAAUAAUACACUGUCUUUUUGUGUUCAGUGUGUUAUGUAAGCAUUUGUGUAUUCUCAAUUUUCUCUUGGAAGAGUUAUUCUUUUCUGUAAUUUGCUGUUAUUCUUUGAAAAAAAAAAAAAAAAAAAAAAAUCCAAAGGUGCAAUGGUUGAUCUGUGAUUGCCCAUAGAAUUUUGCCUGGUAGGUAAUGUGACUAUCACCUGCCAUAAUUCAGUGUGUAGCUGUAGAGAUACAUUCCCUUAAUGGUUUGGAUUCCAUCCUAAACUGCAAGUCCUCAUUUGAUGAACUGGGUGGGGCAGUUCUCAGAUGGAAGGAGGACAUGUAAGUGGAGAAAGACAAGAGUAUACCACCUGCAGUGAUGUUUUAGUGUCAAAGAAUGGCAGCAUACAAUCUUAGAUUAAUUGUGUGUUGGGAGAUUAUGACUCACUAGUGGCUAGAUGUAGCUUGUAUCUCAUGCCCCUUGAGCAGUGUGCAAGUGCAAAAUUCACACCAUAGCACAAGCAUGAACUUGCUGCCCUCUUAGUUGCUUGUAGUGUGCUGUGUGAUCUAUAUUGUGUGUACAGUGGAUGCUAAUUCAUCAACUACUAUCACGUAAUGUUUGUGUUUCCCAUGUGCCGAGUGGAAUAUGGACUCCACAGGGGUUAUAGAGAUAUUUUAAAAAAGCACGUUCUUUGAAAGAAAAGAAAUUGUGUCAAAUAAAACAAAGAAUGAAAGAGAGGGUAUGCAGUUUGUGUAACAAAGGAUUCAGUCAGGUGUCAGCUCUUCGGCAGCAUGAAAUUCAGAUCUAUGCCAGAGAUUCAUUUUGUGACUGUAGAAUUCCUAUUGGCCACAGUAUUGGUGUCUUUUCUGCUUUGUGAAAAGUGAACAUUAGUGGACAUUUUAAAAUUAUUCAUAAUAUUCAAUCAGUGUGUUAGGAAAUAUAAUUUCAGUCAACGACCUAUAUGAACAACAUAGACUGGCUAUGGCACCUCCAUCUUCGAAGCAACUUGAAAACUGAGUCGCCAUGUCUUGUAACAUCAAGGGGUGCAGCCUACUGCUGGCCUAGUCGAUGUAGGAAAUC